CUUUGAAUGCGGGCAGUGGCCGGAUUAACACGGUUAUUCGGUUUUCCUUAUUGUCAUUUAUUUAUUUUUCUAGGCAAAUGCCUCUUCAUCCUCCUAGUUUGCAGCGCACUGGUAUGUUUUUUUAAUGCAUUUAUUCUUUCUGACGUCACUGAUGUCAUCCUAGCCAGAUGGUCAGAAAAUCCAGGGGAUCGAUUACACUCAUCUAAAGGCAUUAUGCCGAAUCAACGGGCUCAGACUUGGAGACCGUCACCAGUCCACGGAAGAGGCACAUGAAGACUUCAUGAACUCCUAUCAAAAGAUAUUUCUUCAGCCAAAGAAAGUUGUUCCCUAUAUCCCUAUCCAGGCGGUUAGCAAAAUCGCUCCCAGCCCAGAGAGGCUAGAAGCAAGUGAAAGCCAGACGUUUCAGGGUGUGAACAGGGGCCAAGGUCAUAGGAGACAGAACCAGGAGACACUCAUCAACCACGUGAUCAAUGCCCUGAAGAAGUUCCCAAUAGAGCGGUCCCAGUUGGAGCACCAGUCCAUCCAUAAGAUGCUGAAGAUGGUCCCAUGUCUCACAGCCCACCUAUCCAGGGAGGAGCUCUGGCAGAUCAGUACCAUCGCCAUCAUAGAGACAUGGGACAAAGAACAGAUCAUAUUCGGACACAAUGGAUUCUACCUUAUCCUGAAAGGUUCAGUGAGGCCGUUCUCCCAAGAAACAUCUAAGGAAGCUGUUGAUCUGAAGGGCCCAGUGAUAGGUGUGGGUGGAAGCUUUGGGUCAUUAGAACCACCUGCCGCCACAGAGGUAGGCUUUACCAUUCAUUGUACAAUAACUCAGGAACUUUGUGAGAUCCUCAAGAUCUCCCACUUAGGCUACGCCAUGAUGAAAAAGGAGAUCCUGGCACAGAACAAUGCUCUGAAAGAAUCUCUGAUCCAGGGUUGUCAGUUCUACCUGCAGUGGCCCAAGCUAUCUAUAAAAAGGCUCGCAAACCUCAUUCAGAUGAAGAACUUUCCACCCAAUCACGUACUGGUGAAGGAAGGUAUGGUGUGUCCAUUUGUGGCCUACAUACGAGAUGGGGAGUGUAACAUCCUCCAGGAUAUUAACUUUCUAAAAAAGAUCCCGCUGGAGAAGGGCAGAAGGAUGAAGUAUGUUGUUGUGGGGAAGCUUGGACCAAUGGAAUCAUUUGGUGAGGUGAGCAUUCUGCUUGACCAGCCCUCCCCCUGCAGCAUCACCACGGCAACAGAGGUGCAAAUGGGACUCAUCCAAACAGAUGCUCUGAAAGGACUUGAUUCAGUAACAGUGUCACUGAUGUUACAAACAGCACAGCCAACUUAUGGAAAGUUGAGUCAGGAUGAAAUUAAACAGGAGUACAUGAGGCAAGAGAGACUCAAGGAGUGGGAACACGUUAAGAAGAGAGUGUUGUCUGAUGCCCUGUUCUACAACGGGAUCCAGCCAGGGAAAGGGAAGUGGACUUUCAGUAGGGGAAUUGGGAGAAGAUGUCUGGACAGAAGGAACCCAAUCCAGUGAACACACACCAGAAUGUACUGCCUGCCUUAACUCCAGAUGUUAUAAUGUCAGAAAACAGGAACUGCCAAACCCUAAUUAGCUGUUUGAAUUCAUUCCCUUGAGUAUGCCAAUCCCAUGCUUCAAUCCCACUUCUGACACCAAACCAUCAAAUAUAUGCCCCAAAGUGACUUCCAUUUUCUGCCUGUAUUUUUGGACUUAAUGUUCUGACAUUGACCUCUCCAGAUGUACACUAAUAUAGCAUCCUAGAAAAUAAACUGUUAUUCCCGCCAGCUUUCACUCUCACUCAAAGCCUUUCAAAUAAGAGGCAAUUAUUAUCAAUCAGCUAGCAGUUUCCACAGCAGUACUUUCUAUGGGCCUACUGGGGCCAGAGGGUCUUGACUCAGGCCACUUAGUUUAACACAACUUCAUGGUGCUUUCUAUAAGAAUGGAAUAUAAGACUUUUUUCUACAUUUAGUUGUUAAAAGUGGGAUUUAAAUUAAUAUAUAUAUACACUUUUUGUUGACAAGCUACACACUAUCAAAUUAUAUUAUAACCUGCAAGUCAAAGGGAAAGAAAAACAUUUCUUUUUUUUUUUUUUUAUGUUCUUGUUAGGGAACUGUAACAUGGCCAAUAUUGUCUUGAGGCUUUUGGGGGGUUUGAGUGGAAACUGUAGUGUUUUUGUCUUUUAUCUACCUGCCACACUGGCUGAUGAACCAAAAUGUUGGUUCAUCAUGUCCUGAACACAAUACUACCUAUUGUAACC